UUAACUGUAAGACCAACUGCAAAUGGCAUAGACAUCUUAUUAACGUUUAUUCAAUAUUUCCUGAAUCAGUUCAGAUUGAAACAAUGAAACACAUUGUCAAUAAACCAAAGGAAUGCUUAUAGAGAGUGACUGUUAUCUUAAUUAGAAUUCUAGUGGUCUGAGCCAAGUCGUGACAGUGACGACCAACAAGACUCAGCUGAGGGUAACUGAUUGAUUGCUGUCCUCUGGCUGUCCCUGUGACUCGAGACAGAAUGUUCCGGCAUGGGCAGAAUGUGGACACUCCCUAAUUGGUCCUCAGUGUCAAUUAGAUCAUGUUCCCGAGCCACAGGAAUGGUUGCUUUCCAUAACAUAGUACUCUCAACUUGUUCUCUCUCUUCUCCCCCCUUCUCUCUCUCCCACCUUUCCUCCCUGUCUUAACUCAAUGUGCACCCGUGCCAGUAUAGGGCAAAUGGUAAAUAAAUACAAGUCAUGUAAGUCACAUUACAGCCGGUAAAUUGCUGCUCCACAUCUCAAGUCCUCUUACAGGCCUUUUUCCUAGUUUGUUAGGUCAGUAGAUAAGCUAAGUUGCCUCGACAUGGCCUCUGUACAACAGUCUUUUCCCCUUUUUCAGACCCCCUGCAGGACCACUUACUGUGUGCAACAAACAGACUGGGUCACUAUAGGCUUCUGUAGAGGGGCAUAUGCUAGGUAUGAGCUCCCAGAUUAGGGUCUGAAACAACCCCAACUCUCCCCAGGAAGCGGGCAUGUUAGAGGUCAGCCCUCCCACGUCUCAGAAACAGGUCCCCGUGUAGCCAGAGAGAAAAUCUCUUAAGAUCUGUGACUCUUUCAUCACAGAGAGGCAGAACUCCCGGGAUCAGGUUAACACCGUGCCGGCUUUCCGGGAUACUGCAGGAGAUAUCCGUGUCAGCUCGAGGCCACCCCUCUAGUCCCCGUGGGGAUUUGGUAGAUUGUGUGUGUGUGUGUGUGUAUAUGUGUGUGUGUUCGUGUGUACGCGCAUGUGUCCGUGUCUAUGUACAUAUGUGAGCAUGUGACAGGGUGUUUGCGUAGUUGUGCGUCUGUCUUUGUGUGUGGGUGUGGGAGGGCUCCUAGGGAGUGGUAACUAACCAGACAUCCUGGGAGAUGGAGGGAGGGGUCAUGAUCUAGCUAGCAGUGACGAGGCAAGGCGGGAUCAUGGGCUGCGUCCUAAAUCGCACCCUAUUCCCGAUAUACUGCACAACUUUUGACCAGAGUCCUAUGGCCUACAUAGUGCACUGUAUAGGGAAUAGGGUGCCAUUUGAGACGUAGCCAUGGUGAUUGGCAACAAGCUUUGUGUUCUGAAGGAAAUUUGCCUGACCUGCAGACCUGCAGCUAUCAUUGGGGAACGGUGUGGAGGAGUGGCCAAUCAGAUUAAUGUAAUGGUGUGAAACUGGAAAGACUAACAGCUUCUUCGUCCGUUUGAUCACAACAGAUGGCCCACCAUGGACAUUUUCCAUCCUCUGGGGACAAUGCAUUGAGAAGGGAGGCAGCAACUGAGCUGCAUGCCACUCCAUUCCCAGGCGGGUUCAAGUGCUUCACAUGUGAGGAGGCACCUGACAACUACGAGUGUAAUCGCUGGGCGCCAGACCUGUACUGCCCACAAGAGACCAGAUAUUGUUAUACAUUUCACAAGAUGGACGUGGAGGGGGACAGUGUUUCCGUGACAAAGCGUUGUGUGGCUCUGGAGGACUGCCUCUCUACUGGAUGCUCUGAAGAAGACAAUGAAGGAAACAAGGUUUGUACGGCGUGCUGUGAGGGCAAUAUCUGUAACCUUCCUCUCCCCUGGAAUGAGACGGAGGCCGUGUUCGCCACCACCUCACCUCUCAGCGGCACCACAGGAAUCCCACAGAGCUACAGACUAAUAUACUGCCUCCUUUUCCUCACCCUCCUCAUCUCCAGCUAUGUUUGAGAAGUGGAGAGAGAUACUGACAUAUACAAUUGUCUUUACCAAUUGAAGGCCUGACCCAACUGUUAAUGUAUUCCGAUCCAACUGUUAAUCGAUUCAAUCUACACCCUAUGGAAAUAGUACUCACUGCAGUUUUUGACAGUUUAUUUUCCUUUUAAUUAAAAAGGAAUCCAGUUUUGAUUCCCUUUCAUCAUUAUGCUUGGUUUCAAUAAAAUGUGCACUUAGAACUUGACACUGAUACUGCUUCUAAAACACAGGCCAUAUGGCUGUCAAUCUUGAAGGAUAAAACAUAAUAAACAUCCAAGUAUGAAAUGACAUAAUUCUCCCCCUACUAGUCUUCUGCACCGGGACAGAAGGAGGGGAAACUGUAAACCUUGAAAUGUGUUGUGGCAUGUUUGGAUUCGACAGUAGGCUAUACACUGUAAGAGUUUCAACAUGUUCCAGCGAUGAGGAAGAAUUGAAGAACAGCUUCAGCUUCUAUGAGGAUUUGUCUGGUUUAACGUUUUUAUGUUUUUACAUUUUCACAUUUGCGAGUCCACGCGCCAUGUUGUAUGUUUGACACAUAUGUACAUAUACAUAGUAUUUAUUUUUUUAUGGAACAUUGUUGUUAGAAGGUGAAUAUGUCUGUGUGAAACGUUACGCCGGUAGGUUUAUAUAAUAGCAUGUAAGUGUAGACUACAUCUUUUAUUUUCCAGCAGGAACAGGUGACAUAGGCGCUGCGCGUCCUUUUACGUCUAGUAUGCAGAAAGUAUUUUUACCGACAUGGAAAGAGAGCCGGGCGCUUAUCAAACAAACACUUAACCCUUUGGUGUUUCUGUUGUGGGAAGACUAUUUCCUCAAAACCUAAAAAAAAAGGAUAAAAGUUAAUUACAGGUCUAUUUUAGCUUCAAAAUUGACUGAUGAUGAAAAAUGAAUCUGACUUUCCACAUGAUACAGCUACCCACAUACCUCAGUGCAGCACUUUGUUUGGCCUAGGCUUUGGAAGCUGUGCUGUAACUGCAGGACAAAUAGCAUGUUUUUAUGUCUCGUCAUUUCAGUUUUAGCGAGAGGCAACAAUAAAUGACUUGCUUUGUGCGCACACAAUUAAUUACUGACACUACGUGCUCUUCAGGAGACUUUUUCUCACAAGUGUUUUAAUGUUUUUGUACGUUCUUGUGACAUGUCCCUCUGAUGUUUGUACUGUGCUCUGUUCUGUGAUAUGUUUCUCAUCCAUCACUCUCUGUUGGCGGUGUGGUCGCCUGUCCAGGCGGGAAAAAUGCAGAGUUAGCAAAUACAGUGUUAUUGUUCUCCAGGAUUUCUGAUUUAUUUAGGCUGACCGCCCGAGACAUAAAGGAGACUGGUCACUUCCCCCCUCCAGACCUGGGUUCAUUUACUAUUUUAAAUCAUCGUUUGGCUCAAUGGACCAAUAGAAUAGUCCCAAAAUGGCAAACCAUGCUCAUAUAUUACUUCAGGCAGACUAAAGCAAACGAUCAAAGUAUUUGAAAGAUUUCAAAUAGUAUCUGAACCCAGGUCUGCCCUCCUCCCUCCCUACCACACUGUCUGUUCAGUAGGACUCCAGCCAAGCAGCAAAAGGAAAACAGUGAAGCAUGAUUUACAGAAAGCAACAUUUUUUACCUACUGUAGUUUGCUCUGUUAACAUUUUAUAAAUUACAUUUCGUUUUUUUAUGGGGUAACAUAAGGGCUAAAACAUGUUGUGUCCCUUUAAACCAAUCAGGCAAUACUAGAUUUUCCCUUUUAAAUAUUUUGCCAGGACUUUUGUACUGUGACCUGAAUGCCAACAUAUCAUGCCAGAUGUUGCCUUAAAUAAAUGCUGUACAAUUCAUGGAAGAAGUGCUUGUGCAUGAUCUUAUCUAGUCAUGUUGUGCCAAUUGACGUUAUGUAAAUAUCAUCUCUGUUUGUAUAUGCAAUGUCUUUGUACAUAAUUGUAUAUAUAGAUGUGAAGGACUUUGUAACUUCAUAUUAAAGAUGAAGGCAUGACCACUACA